GAUCUCGUUGCUGCUGCUGCUCUGCUGAACGGAUCCGAUGGUCGGCGAGCUUCAAGACAGUGGCCAGCGGAGAUAGGGAUUCGUUGGUCGCGAGCUUCAAUUAGUAGCCAACGGAGAUUGGUUGGUGGUCGUGAGCUUCGAUUAGCAGCCGACAGAGGUUGGUUGGUGGCCGCCGAGCUUCGAUCAGCGGCCAGCGGAGAUGGGGAUUUGGGAGUCGCCAGACGGUGGAGAAGCUUCCAUGAGCGGCGCCUCUUUGACUUCUGGGACUGUGAUUUAGCUGGUUUAGAACCUGCUGAGAAGUUCCUUGCUUGGGCAUUGGCAACUGCUCCAAGUAUAACAGAUUGCUUGACUCAGUUCAUCAACUCGAGGAAAGGAGAAGAACUUUGUUUACUGCUAGGGGAUAUGAUCCACACCCGAAGCCUGUUGGAAUCAGGUUUGGUGGAUCGAUGGGGAACGAAAGGCUAUUUAUCGAUGAAGACUUUGCUAAGGUUACUGUUCGUCACCAUGCAGUUGACCAUGUAUCACGGUUUUCUCCCAGUUGAGGCAUUGAUUUCAGAAUGGAGGUCUGGGGACUUGGUGGGGAGGCGGCAAGGUCUGUUCAAACUUCAUACAAGCAACGGGAGGUGCUUUUCACCGAGCAGCGAUGAAAGAUGCCCUAUGAACAGCUUCAAUUUAAGCUCAUUGUUUAAAGACAACUAUCUUGAACUUGCACAAACCCCAUAUUUCUUUACUUUUGUUUUCCAGGUCGAUCUGAAGACUUUCUCAAACUGGGAAGAUUCGCCGUAGAAGAUGAUGAUGGAUAUGAUGGGUGACCCAAACAGUGUUCGACGAGAAGACCGCUGAAAAUUGUCCCUGUCAUUACCUUUCAUGAUAGAUGAAGGAUUAGAGCAGCAAGUGAGGAAGAUGCAUCUUGUCCAGAUUUUGUGUUUGUUUAUACAGAAUGGUGCCAAGAGAUCAUGGUGUUCCGCUUAUGAGUUGUUUAGUUGUACAUAAUGGUGUGAUUAGAAGUUUGUCCUCAAACUUACAUAGUGUUCCCUACUUAGCC